CUUCCCUUUGAAGCGCGCACACAAGGAGACACCUCCGCGGCGCAUGCGCUGCGCGCAAACAAGCAGAGAGAAGAAAGGCUGGCAGAUUGCGCACGCGCAGUUGAGACAGGGCGUUGGAAAAAGAUGGACAGCUUUGGAUAGCCCAGGCUUUGCGCAUGCGUAUUACUGCAGGCUGAAGCCGAACCUUGGGGACCCAGGACGCCUUCCUACACAUGCGCAGGAGGCUCAAUGACAGUCGAGCGUUGGCUAAGGCUCCAAGGAAAGGGGCUGGCCAUGCUGCAUGUGACCCGGGGGGUCUGGGGACCCAGGGUCCGAGUAUGGUCCCUGUUGCCCACGCUCCUCGGGCCCUCCCGGGCCCUGUCAUCACUGGCGGCCAAGAUGGGGGAGUACCGCAAGAUGUGGAACCCCACGGAGCCCCGCGACUGGGCCCGGCAGUACCGCGAGCGGUUCAUCCCGUUCUCCAAGGAGCAGCUGCUCCGCCUCCUGACACAGGAAUUCCACUCCAGCCCUGCGGAGAAAGCAGCUUUGGAGGACUUUGCAGCCCACGUGGACUUCUGCACCUUGUUCCACUACCACCACAUCCUGGCCCGGCUGCAGGCCUUGUAUGACCCCAUCAACCCCGACAGGGAGACCCUCGACCAGCCUUCGCUUACGGACCCCCAGCGUCUGUGCAACGAGCAGGAGGUGCUCCAGGCUCUGGAACCCCUGCUGGCCCAGGCCAACUUCUCCCCGCUCUCAGAGGACACUCUGGCCUACGCACUGGUGGUCCAUCACCCUCAGGAUGAGGUCCAGGUGACAAUAAAUUUGGAUCAGUAUAUCUACAUGCACUUCUGGGCCCUGGGCCAGCGAGUCGGGCAGAUGCCCCGUAAGUCCAGCGUGGGCUCCAAACGUGGCUUCUUCAUCAGGUCGCCCCCUGCAGAGAGGAGAUACUUCAAGCGGGUGGUGCUGGCGGCCCGAACCAAGGGGGGGCACCUGGUGCUGAAGAGCUUCAAGGACACGCCCCUGGAGGGCCUGGAGCAGCUGCUGCCCGAGCUGAAAGUGCGCACGUCCGCCACGCAGCGCGCCCUGCUCAACCUCACGCUCUUCGUCUCGGGCAUGAUGCUGUUCGUGAACGUGGGCAUGGUGGUGCUGUCAGACCUCAAGAUGGCCACCUCCCUGCUGCUGCUGCUCUUCGCUAUUUUCAUGGGCCUGCGGGCCUCCAAGGUGAGUGGACGGCCCCCGGCGUGCUUCUCGGGUCCCUGCUUCUGGCUGUUCAGCCAGAUUAGCCAGAAGCUCAGGCCGCCCUGUAGUUUCGUUUCCUCCGUGCAUUAUUCCUGCCUCGUGGUGCCCUUCAUUCCCUGCCUCCGUUACUUUGUCAUUCCCACUUUCCCUCCCUCCCUUGUCUACCUUACAUACUCGGCACAAGCUUGGACAGCUUUCUUAAUCUCUCUGCGCUCCGGUUUCCUCACCUGGAAAACGGAGACCAGAGUGACACCGGCCUUGUAGGGUUGUCCUGGGGAUAUAAUGAGGGGCGCCAUGAAAAGCACGGGGCACAGUGCCCGGUAUGCAGUAGGCGCUCCGUGAGUGUUCCCAGCACGUCAUUAAGUGCCUGUUUUAGAGGAAUUUUAGUGACGUGGGGAAGUUGUUUUAGAACCGGACUGCCUAGGUUUGAAUCUAGCUCUUCUGUCUCUUAGCUGUGUGACCGUGAACAGGCUGCUUAACCUCUCUGUGCUUCCGCUCCUACAUCUGGAGAGUGGCGAUGACAAGAACCUGAUUCAUAGGGUUGUUGUGGGGAUCAAAUGAAUGAAUGAAUAUGCAUGUGAUGCUGAGAACAGAACCUGACAUGUGGUACAGAAUGGACUAUAUGAGAGUUAGCCAUCAUCAUCGUCAUUAUUAUUAUUAUUAUUACUAACUGGGCUGUUGUUCUCUGAGUCUGAGCUUCCUCAUCCUGGUGGGGUGUCAUUAUCACCAGGGGAGCUGUUUUAUAAAUGCGGGCUCCUGAGCUCCAGCCCAAAUGGACUGAAUUGGAAACUCUGGGACAGGGGCCAAGGAAACUGUAUUUUUAACACCCUCCCUUCCUGAUUCUGCUACAUGUGGACGCAUGGCCGCCUCAUACAGUUGUGCAGGUUGUUCACCAUCCAAGGAUUCGAGGCUGAGGGGAUGGGUGGGGGCUGAAAGCUAACUUGUGCCAGGUGCGCUGGCUGUGUCAAGGCUGAGUCAGCCCAGAGGGGCUGCCUUUUACCGAUUCUCCCCAGAGCUGGCGCUGGCCUCAGGAGUGGGGACUGGUGUGUGGAGUCCGCUGCUGUACUUGAUCAUUCGCUCGCUGGUUCAUUGGUUUUCAAGCUGUUUACAGCCAUCCCAGCGGGGUCUUAGGAGGACUGGUAAUAAAUCCCACAGCUAAUAGCCAGGCUGGGCUGGCUGAGAGGGUGACAGGCUGGGGGUGGGGAUAGCAACUCCUGAGAAGGACUAGGGGUCAGGCUGGAUUUAAGGGAAGCUUGGAAAGGGGAGGACUGAACCCGGUGGAGAAGGGGCUGAGUGAGUGCAGCUUGGGGGAUCUCACAGGGCUGGAGCCCGGGGUACAGGGUGGAGAAGUGAGGCCCCAGAGGGUGGCAGGGGACUUGAAUGCCAGAAUAGGGGCCCUGGGCUUUUUCUGCAGGGCGGCAGUUGCCAUGGCAGAGUUUUGAGCACAGAGGGAGUGCAACCACCACGGAGCGGGUGGUGCUAUGAGACCAGCGGCAGGGAGGCUGGUGAGGGGUGUCCACUGGUCUGGGGGGGCACCCAGACUGCCAACCCCAGGUGAACCAUGCGCCCCACCUCUCUGAGGCCCCAGGGGGCUGUGGAGCCUCUCAGGGUCUGCAGGGUCCCAUUUAAAACCCAGUUCCCCAGUUAAUUUAGUGCAUCCAUUAAAUGUUUUCCCCUGUUCCGGGCUAAGCUCCAGUCCUUAAAUGUGGGCCCUCUGAGCCUCCCUCCAGCUGCCCCGCCCUGUGCACUCUUGUCCCCUCCUGUGUGUCAGUCGCUCCCAGAUAUCUGUCUCUGGUGCAGGCUCCUCUCCCAGAGUCCAGACCCCUGUCCCUGCCUGCUCCCUGGACGUGCCUAAGGCCUUCCAACACUCACGCACCCCAUCCCACUGAGCUCAGGAUCCUUCCCCAAACCCCCUUCUCAGGACUGUGCUCAGACCAGAUGCGGGGAGCUGAUUUUGCUGUAGGACGCCUAUCCCUCUUUCUUCCCUCCAGAAGAGCGCAGCCAUCUCUGGUUUCCACAGGCAGCUCCCUAUCAUCUCAGAUCUCCUUGCUCAGCCUGGAGCUGUCCAACUCUGGAACAGCCCCCUGGAGGGCCCAUUGCACUCCCCUCCAGCAGCGGCUCCCCAUACCCCCAUACCGCUCCUCUCCGGUUGUGGCUCUCCAUCUGUAGAGGGCCCUACCCCCCCCCACCCGGGUCCCUGGCUAGACCCCUGGAGAUGGCCCUUGUCCUGCCCCCCAGUCUAUCAGUCCCCAGCCUGUCCUUCCAGCCCCGAUUCUGCGCCCAUCUUGUUCCCUCUGUCCUGACCCCAGCCCAGGCCUUCCCAGCCUCCCCAGUCAGUCCCAUCCAGCCCUCCAGCCCAUCCCCAAGGGCCCCAGAACUGGCCUUGCUUCUUGCUCACAGCCUGGCCCCAGAAACCCUGUUUCCCCAGCCACAUCCAACACAAUCGUAAGCUUCAGCUCCGCCAAAACGUACUGCUAGCACCUUCUGCUCCCCACUCUGCGGCUUCCCUUCACUCCUCUCCCCUUUGCAGAUGCUGUUCCCUCUGACUGAGAUGUCCUUUCUCCCCUCUUGGGCUGGCCAUCCCCUGCUCACCCCUUAUCCUCAGCUCAGAGGCUCCAGGAAACCUUCCCAGCCUUCUUGGGCCUGGCUGGUGCCUCUGUGAGCUGCCGUCAUACCCUGGCCCAGCACAGAGCAGGCCUGGGGUUGUUGAGAAGCAAGGAUCCCGGGGAUGCAUCAGGCCCGGUCCUGCUCUGCAGGACAGACUGUCGCAUGCCUAACGGAGGUCGCAGUGGCCACUGCAGGAGCCUGACGGCACGGGACACAAUGUCCACCCCGAACCUUGAGGAUGUUUUCUAAGAACAGACUAGGGUGACUUGGCUUGUUCUGAGGCCCAGAGGCCCCAAAGAGAGGGCAGCUCAGGGUAAUGUUCGGGGUAAACUGGCUCAUCAACAUGGGCUGAAUUCAGAGAGGAGGGGCAGGAGGGGAGCGGGAGAAAUCUUCAGGGGCCAGGCCACGCAGGGCCUUGGCAUCAGGCCAGGCAGCGUGGACUCUCUGAGGGCACUGGGGAGCUAUGGCAGGGCUGUGAGCGAGGGACGAGCAGGGUCAGCUCUGGGGCUGUGCGGAGACAGACCGGCAGGGGCAGGUGCAGGGGGACAGGGCCAAGAGAGUCAGGGCAGGAGGACAGGGCUAGGGACCGACAGGCUGAUGAGGAGGGAGCGAGGAUGCUGCCAGGGGUCCAGCCUGUGACUGGGCAGAUGGGGAGGCCACCCCAGAUCUGGAGCACAAGAGAGGGGGAUAUGGUAGACUGGGAGGUGGGGUGAGGGGCCACAGUGAGUGUUAAAGGGAACACCCAGGUGGCAGCUGUUGUGUCCUCUCCAGGGACAGAGGUCUGGCCUCAUCCGGAGCAUGACCAGCCCACUUAAUGUCUGAGAAUUCAGCUCCAUUAGCUUGGCAGAAACAGACAGAAAACCCAAGGUGUGAUUCGUCCCAGACGGUCCCUAACACACGCAGUUCCUGCAUCUCGCCUCCCACCGAAGAGAUGGCAAUUCGUUCCAAUGCAGGGACAGACACUGACCGUGUGGGACCUGUAGCAAGGGAGAGCACAGUCGCACACAGCCGUGUCAGCAGUCCUGGGCAGGUCAUUUGAGCAAUUUCCACGGCUCUGCUGACUCCAGAGGCAUUUCACCUCAGGUCCCAGUGUAAGAUGGGCAGACAGUACAUGCCUUUAAAAGACGACACCCAGCCUGGAGUGAGGUCGAAUAUUCCACAGUAGCUAACAUUGAAAUGCCUGUUAUGGGCCUGGCGCAGUGCCAAGUGUCUCAUAAACCUUGUAUGGAUUUCUGGAACCUUUCCUAUCAUCUAUCUCAUUUCACUGAUAGUACCCCCAGAGGACUUAGGUCUUAGCCAAGGGCUCAUAGUUGGUAGGGGGCAGAGUUGGGACUGCCCCCAGGCCUGCCGGCUACCAGACCCAGCAGGCUUGAACUCAUUUUGUGGAUGAACAGAGCCAUCGGAGCAAUUGGAGUGGAGGUUUUUAGUGUGAGCCCCUGAGGGCACCAGCGGGCUCUCCUUUCCCUCCUUAGGGACACCAAGAAUGGGGAAAGGGGUCCAGCGGAGGAGGGGCCAAGGGUGGGGAAGGGGGCCGCCCAUUAAUAGACAGCUGGGCGCCAGAUUUGCCCCCCCCCAUUCUCCUUCCCCCAAAGAGGCUUGGAGUACUUGUUUUCUGUUAACACUUCUCUUGAUAAUUUAACACUGGAAACCUUUUUAUUAUGGCAAAGUUCACGCAAACAGCUAGAACAGUAUGAUGAGCUCCCGUGUGGCCCGCAUCCAGCGUCUAUAAUUAUCCACAGCCCAUCAGGUUUCACCUAAAGACCCCCUGCUCUCCCACCGCUGGGUUAUUUUGAAGUACAUCCUAAACAUCGUCUGGAAAUACUUUAGUAGGUGUCUAAAAGAUAAGGACUUAAAAUCCUCGUCACAGAAAGUUCCAAGGCUAAAGCUCAAACCGUCUGGAAAUCCUUGAACAAAUCUAUUAAUAUGUGGCUCCAAUAGGCAACCCAGUGAAGCGGUUGCUGAAAGCUGUUGGUGGCGUCAGAGUCGUUGGGGCGAGAGCGUGUGUGUGUGUGUGUGUGUGUGUGUGUG